AUGGCAAAAGGUUUCUGCCUGUGCAUCGUUCUGGCCGUGAUCUGCGCGUUUGUCUGCCAGUCGACGGCGAGAGAUGCUAGGGAGAGGAGGGACCUCGUGAUGGCUGGCAGUCAUCACGGCCACCACCAUGAGGAGGGUGGCGGGCACGAUCACCAUGGCCACCAUCACGAGGAACACGGCGAUAAGGCGGAAAAGGGCUACAAGGGCCAUCAUCAUCACGACAAAGGCGAUCACGGACAUUACGGCAAGGAUCACGACGAGGGCCAUCACGAGGAACACGGCGGGCAGAAAAAGGGCCACCACGACGAACACGAGGAGCACGGAGAUCAUCACGAGCACGAGCACGGACACAAGGGCUCCAAGUUCGGGCACAAAAAGGGCCACAAGAAGGGCGAGAAGACUCACGGUUACCAUCACAAGGCCCACAAAGACGAAUAUCACAAAGAGCACAAGUUCUACGACGACUACCAUAAAGGUGGACACCACGAGAAACACGGGAAUCAUCAUGGACAUCACGAAAGCAAAGACGGCCAUCACAAAAAGGGUGGACACCACCAUUCCGGUCAUCAAGAGGACCACCAUGGAAAGAAAGGGCACUUCGAUAAGGGACAUUACGACGACGACCAUAAGGGCUAUCACGGAAAACACGGAUACGACGAGCAUCAUUCGCAUCACGACGAUUAUGGGAAAAAGAGCGAACAUCAUGGUGGCAAGAUGCAUGGGUUCUCGAGCGGCGGUGGCGGUGGCGGUGGGGGUGGCGGUGGGGAUGGCGGCCACGGGCAUCAUGGUCGUUGA